AUGAGCCUGGGCGGCGACAAUGUCAUGCCUCCACGCCCAGGUUACGGCACAGCCCCUAACGCGUCGCGUUUCGUGGUCUACGCGAAUUAUGUCCAGCUGUUCCCUGAGUCCUCUCUCGUCCUGUACUCAUACGCCGUCAACAAGAUCACCCCCGAUGUUGUCGGCAAGAAGCGAACUCAGAUCAUCCGUCUCAUGCUCAACGAGACACCAGAGUUUGAAAAAUAUCGCAAUGACAUCGUCACUGACUUCAAGGCCACUCUCAUCUCCCGCGUCAAGAUCGAGCCAGCAGAGGGAACCAUCACUGUGACCUACAAAGCCGAGGGAGAGGAUGAGCCUAAGCAGGGAGCGAUCCAGUACAAGAUCGAAUACGCUUACACCAAGACCCUGACCGUUAGCGAUCUAAUGUCUUAUCUCACAUCGACCAACCCGGCCGACGGUCUCCAGUACGACAGCAAACUCGAGAUGAUUCAGGCCCUCAAUAUCUUCCUCAAUCAUUAUGCAAAGUCAACCAACACCCUUACCACCAUUGGCAAGAGCAAGACAUUCUCGAUAAUGAACGCGGCCAAUAGCCAAAACAUGGACGAUCUCGGUCGCGGUCUGACAGCCAUCCGUGGGUUCUUCACGAGCGUGCGCGCUGCCACGAAUCGUAUCCUGGUCAACAUCAAUGUCAGCCACGGCGCUUUCGUCCAAGAAGGCGAAUUGAAAAACCUGAUGAACACGUAUGGCGUCAAUCCCAAUGAGAGAAGCAUGCGCUCUCUCGAGAAAUUCCUAAGGCGCGUACGUGUUCGUGUCACUCAUCUUCGCGAAAAGAAGAACAAGAAGGGAGAGAUCAUCUAUCGGUUUAAAUCGAUUGCAGCCUUGGCCAAGAAGACGGAUGGUCGCCGAUCUCCCCACCCUCCAAAGGUCAGCCAGUUCGGUGCUGGGCCCAAGAACGUCGAGUUCUGGCUCUUGGACAAUCCUCAGUCUUCUUCCUCUGCCACCCCUGCUUCUGAUGCCGGACCUGGCCGUUAUAUUUCUGUCUUUGACCACUUCCAGAAGAACUAUGGCAUCACUAUGAACCCUAACCUACCUGUUGUCAAUGUUGGUACUGAAGAGAAGCCAUCAUAUUUGCCCGCUGAGGUCUGUGUUGUGGUGCCAGGCCAGAACGCCAUCGCGAAACUAAGCAGCGACCAGACCAGAAACAUGAUCCGGUUUGCUGUACGUGGACCUUGGAUGAAUGCCGAGUCGAUUAUCAAAGAUGGUCUUGGGAUAGCUGGUCUGUCGGAGGAGACGAAUGAGCUUUUGGCCAAAUUUGGUCUGAAGAUCGGACACGGCCUCAUCACUGUGCCAGCCAGGCUCUUGCCUGAGCCCAAAGUCUUCUACAAAGACGGAAAACCUGGGGCCAAACCUAGCAGCAAGGUGGUUAACGUCUUCAACGGAAGCUGGAAUAUGGAGAACAUCCAGUUCAACAAACCAGGCGAGCUCAAGACUUGGUCGUGGAUCUCUCUCAUAGACGGCCAGUCUCGCUACCCUCCUCGUUAUACCAUGGACAACCUGCGCAUAACAGUCGACAAAUUCACUGCCUCUCUCAAAAAGAACGGCGUAUCUGUCCGCGCCCAGCCUCUCCCUGGUAAGGAGGUUCACAUGCGAUUCCCCAGCGACCCGAACCUAGAGCAGAUUUUCCACCAGGCCACAUCAAAGGCUGUCGACCUCUUGCUGGUCAUCCUGCCCGGCCGUGACAAGGGUGACAAUACAGAACUUUACAAUUGGGUCAAAACGCUAGGUGAUGUGAAACAUGGCGUCCACACUAUUUGUGUGGUUGGCCAGAAGUUCACAGCUGCUCAGGACCAGUUCUUUGCCAACGUGGCACUGAAGUUCAAUCUCAAGCUGGGAGGCAACAACCAGUCCGUCGACCCUUCGCGCCUGUCUUUCAUUAAUGAGGACAAGACUAUGCUCGUGGGCAUCGAUGUCACCCAUCCGUCGCCAGGCUCUAGGUCCAACGCGCCCUCUGUUGCGGGCAUGGUUGCCUCCACGGAUAAACAUCUCGGUCAGUGGCCAGGCAUCCUCAGCAUCCAAAAUAAGGCCCGGGCCGAGAUGGUCAGCGACCUUACCGAGAUGCUCAAGCAGCACCUCAAGAAUUGGCUGGACCUCGGCCACCACAGUCGCUACCCAGAGAACAUCCUCGUCUACCGCGACGGUGUGUCCGAGGGCCAGUAUCAGCGCGUCCUCGACGAGGAGGUGCCUCUCCUUCGCGCUGCCUGCAGGGAGACCUACCCUGCCAACGGGCCUCAGCCCAGUAUUACCGUCAUCAUCGUGGGCAAGCGUCAUCACACGCGCUUCUACCCGACCCAGACCAAGGACAUGGACCGCGGCGGCAACUGCAAGGCCGGCACUGUUGUCGACCGCGGCAUCACCGAGGAGAGCUUCUGGGACUUUUACCUGCAGAGCCACGCCGUAAUCCAGGGCACCGGCCGCCCCGCCCAUUACGUCGUCAUCCUGGACGAGAUCUUUCGCGCCCGCGCCCAGAGGCUGGGUACUACCCAGCAGGACCCUUCGGCCGUCGCCAACGAGCUCGAGCGCAUGACGCAGGCCCUGUGCUACUCGUACAGCCGCGCCACGAAAGCCGUCAGCAUCUGUACCCCUGCGUACCACGCCGACAUCCUGUGCGAGCGCGCCCGCCGCUACAUGGCUGAUCUGUUCGAGGGUGGAUCCGAUGAGGCGAGCACCGUGGCCGGGAGCUCGUCUGGCAAGGUUGACGAUACCAAGUCCACCGUGACCAUUCAUGAGAAGCUCAAAAAUACCAUGUUUUACAUCUGAGGGGGCGGGAAUGUCCAACAAACGGCUGUUCUUUUUUUGGUAGGGGUGAGGGGGGCGGGGGGGAUGAACCAAGGGUGGAUGGAUACUGUGCUUCACUGUUCGUGGCUGUGGUUUGGAAAAGGGCAAAUCGGUUUGUUGACCGGGAACCGUCUGGGGAGACUUCAUAUUCGCCUUGCGGGACUUGAGACAACAGGUGAAUUCUUUACAGGCCGUGUUGGAGGAGGAUGAGAAAUCGAUGAUUCAAGGAAAGUAGGAGAGAAAAUGAAGUUGCAGGUGUGUCCUUGUCGUUCUUGAUAAACCAUACUGCAAUGCGAUGAGCAGAGUGACCAAUCAGUGUCCUUGAAAGGUAUGAUGACCCUCAGCCGGGCAUGUGAUGAUGCUGGAGGGGUCGGCGGAGGACACAUCCAGCUUGCCUGAAGUUGAGCAAGUGGUAUGAAUAUCAUAGACUCUUUCUUGAAUUCCUGACAGCAUCUGUAAUGAAGAGUGUUGUCC